CGUUUAUUCAGAGAGUUGAACAGAGGAAGCUGCUGCUGGAUCUCGCUGUGUCUUUCUACACACACACCAAGGAGCUCUCGGCGUGGAUGGACGGCCUCCAGAAGCAGCUCUCCUCAGACCUCUGCAUCUGUCCCGACACUGUGGAGGCUCUGCAGACUCUCAUCAGUCAGCAGCAGCAGCAGCAGGCCAACACCCAGGAAGCUGCGAUGAGUGUCAUCAGGGAAGGAGAAGACCUCAUCCUGCAACUCAGGCCCCAGGGCAGCUCAGUGGCCCAUGUGGAGUCGGUGCUGCAGCAGCUGGAGGAGUCUCACGUUCAGCUGGAGGAGCUUUUCCACCAGAGGAAGAUCCGACUGGAUGUUUACUUGCAGCUCCGUAUCCUGCAGCAGUGCACGCUGGAGGUAACAGGGGAGAUGGAUGCCUGGAAGCAGGACCUCCAGAAACAGUCCCAGGACUUCUCUACGGAGAAGCUAGCAUCACAGCGGCUAGGCGACGUAAACCAGGACAAGCUAGCCCAGGACAAGAUCAACCUGGGUCAGUCGAGGCUGGCGGAAGCUUGUCCAGAGGCACUGACGCUAGCGCAGCAACGCAUCCACAGGCACAUGGAGCGCAGGCUGGCUAUGAACAACAUGAUCUAUGAGGUCAUCCAGCAAGGUCACGACCUCCAGCAGUAUAUCACCGAGGUCCAAGCGUCAG